CAGGCGACAGUCGAGAACUAAUGUCAGUCAUCAGUGUAGGUCGAGUCAAUCCGUAAAAUCAAUCAGAUUUAUUUUUAGUUAAAAGUUAUCAAUUAUUAUUUGUUUCCUCAGUAUCUAUUCAGUGUGCAGAGUAAUUGUUAUUAAACAUUUAAACCAUGAAAUGGAUAGUGCAUAUUGAGGGUGGGCCUAUGAGAGUAAAUCAUGCAGCGGUAUGCAUUGGCAACAAGAUUUAUUCUUUCGGUGGAUACUGUUCUACGGAAGAGUAUAAAGAUUGGGAACCGAUACCAGUCCACGUACUUAAUACUGCUACUCUCAGAUGGGCCCCAGUGAAUUACAAAAAAACCGAUGUUGUUCCAUUUCAGAGAUACGGACACACAACGAUUGCUUAUGGCGAAAAGGUCUACAUGUGGGGUGGCAGAAAUAAUGCAGUAGCAUGUGACACAUUAUCUUGUUUCGACACAAAAAAAUUAGAAUGGAGCUCUCCGACCGUAUCAGGGAUGGUACCAUUCGCAAAAGAUGGUCAUUCUGCUUGUGUAAUAAAUAACAAGAUGUACAUUUUUGGAGGGUUCGAAUAUCUUACUGAUCAGUAUUCGCAAGAAGUUCAUUGUUUAGACUUAGACACUCUACAGUGGACAUUUAUUGAUGCACAAGGACCCCCACCGUCUCAUAGAGAUUUUCACACUGCAGUAGCAGUCGGUCAUAGAAUGUAUAUAUACGGUGGACGCGGUGACUUAAAUAGCCCUUACAAUUCGCAAGAAGAGAUUUACUGUCCCCUAGUGUAUUAUUUGGAUACUAUUGAAGAAAAAUGGGUAGCAGUCAAUCCAAGUGGAGCAUGGCCUGAGGGAAGACGCAGUCAUUCUGCAUGGCUUUACAAUGACCAUAUGUACAUCUUUGGUGGAUUUAAUGGAACAACAAAAACACACUUCAAUGAUCUUUACAGUUAUUCUAUAAAAAACAAUGAAUGGCAAUACAUCAAUGUAGAUGGCUUUGUUCCUUGUAAGAGAAGACGGCAGGCCUGUUUGAUUCACAAGGACAAAGUGUACUUAUUUGGUGGCACAAGCCCCUGUCCACACAUAAGUAACCGACCAGUGGACAACACCGACAGUAAUCCAGAAAGAUUAAUUGACAACAGUGAUUUGCAUAUACUGGAUUAUGAACCAACACUGAAAACAUUAUGUAUUCUCGUCGUAGUGGAGCACAACCUUGACCAGAGCUCGCUUCCGCGUGACGUCAUAUUAGACAUCCGGACCAUGACAGUUCCGAACCGCAUCAGCAGGCCAAUUAAUCAAGCAGGCUGAACUUAUGGUAAUCCCUCAUGCACGAGAAUGCAUUACUAAGUUACGAAACUGCAAUUAACCAGAUGUGCUUUGGAGAUUAAGUUGGUGGACCCCACAAACAUUACAAAUGUUGAAACUGAUAUUGGCAACAAACAUUCAAAACAGCUUAGAGUUAACAUAAUAUCUUUUUUUCAAUUUGUGCAUGUAACAAAUUAUUAGAUUAUCAGAUAUAAAAAAAUAUAUGCUUGCAUAUACUCACUACUGGUUAUAAUCAAUAAAUGAGAUUAACACAAAGGUUUCAUGGAAAGCUUCUAGUGAUUUCUGGUUCAAAAACGAAUUCAACUUUAGUUGUUUACAUUAAGUGUUAAUGACCCUUUACCUGAAAUAUGUUGAAAAAAUCACCCAGUCAACAUCUCCACAUAGACAACCAUGGCUUUCCUUGAAAACCUUGAAGACCCGAGGGCUGACAAGUGAAGAAGAUCGUGAAAAGUAUUCAGAUUGGAGCAAAACGAUUCGACUACUUUGUCGCCGCGAUAAAAACAACUUCAUUGACCAUAUCUGUCAUGAAAUACAAGACCAUUCCCGCAUAUUACAAAGCUCCGAUUUCUUCAAAAAAGUGAAAUUUCUCGACAAGCAAGUUAAGCCAAGAACGAAUCGAGAAUGGACAUGGCACGCUGCUUCAAGAUCUGGACUCCAUAGCAAAACGAUGGCGAAAAUACUGCGAGAAACUUUAUGACAAUCCGCACGAUCAUAUAUCACCGCUUAAGAUCAUCAAAUGGGACUACAUAAGUCUAGAACCUUCCAUAUUGCUCCAUUCCAUAAAAAAGCUCUCGGCCCGGACCAACUAACAGCCGAGAUCAUAAAAUCAAUGAGAGCAUCCGAAACGGUAGCCUUUCUCAAGAUAUACAACAAUAUCUGGCGCACUGGUCAAUGGCCUGAGGAGUGGGUUAAAUCUGUUAUUCAACCACUACACAAAAUAGGCACAACCUCUAAAUAGGAUUAUUACAGAACCUUAAUGCUCAUAUCUUACGCAAGCAAAGUUAUGCUCCAUAUUAAAAAUAACCGUUACUGACACUACCUACCUGCAAAUCCCACAAGAACAGGCGGUUUUGUAAAAGGCAAAGGGACUUAUGAACAAAUCUUAAUUAUAAUUGUUUAUGCAGACAACCACACUGCUGGCUGCCAAUAAAAAUGAAAUUGCACAACUCUUGGAUUGUAUUGGAGUUUUUUGGCUAUAUAGUCAGAAAAUAAGGGCAUGACCUCAAACAACUGAUGGUUACUGACAAAGUCGAGGACAAACGUCCGAAAGCUCUUAAUCCCAUUGGAUGGUCAGACCAAAUCUGCUCCAUUCUUAGCCAUCAAACAUGAUACUGCGCUCCACGAUGCCUAAGAUAGGAAUAGGUAACGCAACUUAAUCUAAACAAAGAUUACUCCAUUUUCAUUGUUCAGGGGAUCACGACCCUCAGCAAUGAAGAAAAAAAGGAUGAGAGGAGACUGUUAACCUGCUUGAACAAAGAACUUUUUUUGUGUACAAACCUGGCUUCGAUAUAUUUUAAUGUUUCUCGCUACCCUAUAUUGUAAAUAAUAUUUUGUUUGUAUUAUAAAGCAAUUAAGAAAUAUCCAAACUAUUACAAUACAAUGUAGAUUAAAAUGUAGAUUUUAUAAUAGCUUACAAAAAUUGUGCUUAAAAUAAGCCUGAAAAUAUGUUUUUCAUGAAAGUAACUUGUAAUUUAUAAUAUAAGUUAAUUGGAUGUACUAUAUAUAUAUUAUAUAACUAGAUAAAUUCAUGUGUGAAACCAAUGUUUCAAACAUAAAUAUACUAUAGGUAAUUAAGAGUAAAGGCUGCAUGAGAUACCUGUAAUGUAAUUAUUUUCGUUAGUUGUAUCAUAAUUAUAAAUUAUUUAUUUACCUGGUCUAUAUGGUCUGGUUGCUAUAUGUCUGAGUGUAUGGUACUAACAAAAAUAAACUAAAUUUAACUGCCAGCUUGA